AUGAUGGACACUGCUGGCUGCUGUGGCUUCCUCCUGCAUGGUCAGUCACUCCUGCACAUGUCCGCUGUAGUGGUGUUCCCGGGGACCCCCCUCACCACCCCACAACACCACUCACCACAUGGCCAAACAGAGGACACGGUUGACCUGAAGCCAGGACUCAGUGCAGUGAACGACCUAUACCACUAUAUGGGGCCAUUUAACUUGCCAUAUAGACAGAAGGAGGAGGAGAGUGGUAAGAGCAUUUUGGGCAAAGAACACAAUGUGAGCAAGGGCAUAAAGAUGGAUCCGCGAAGGGCUGAAACUCAGUUUUUGAAGCGUCCCUCGGCGCAGUGGCUCCGCUCCACCUGUCAUUCGCGCUACCACCGCGGCCGCAGCGUCGCCCUCCGGCUGCUGCGCGUCGGAAGCCGGAAGCAGGGACUGAGCCACAGAUUAGGAAACGCCGGUUUCUCCAGGGCUCCCCAGCGCCCCAGCUUUAGCCCGGAGGCCGCCCUCUUCCAUUUGCUCUUCGGCGUCAGGGCGUUACCCCACUUCGCUCGACGCUUUGGAUCCACUCGCACUUCCUCCCGUCAAGAACCAAAGGCCCCGGAACGAAGCGGGAGAGCGGCGGUUUGGACGCCGGCGGAGACGCGGGCGAGUGCGCGGCCUCUACGUCCCAGGCGCUCGUUGCCGGAAUCUCCAGCGCCGGCCGAGCCCCGACGGCCUGACGCGGAGCAUUUCCUGGCCACCUCCCUCUCCGGCGGCUCCCCUCGGCCUGGCUCCCACCUUCCGUCCAGGCCGCUAGCUCCGAAGCAACGUUUGUGGUCGCGCGGGGCGCCUCCCACGACCUCCCCGGAACGCGCCGGUAUGGGACACUCGGACCCAGACCACAGCCCCCGGCUGCGGCAGGGGAGCUGGUACUUGAUCCCGCGUCACCCUGGGGGGACAGAAGCGUCCCCGAAUUGGGAGGGGAUUUGAAGCCUGUGGUGUUGACUUCCACCCCGUGGCUGAGGGCGAGGCUGCGGGGCUGGGGUUAGGAGCAGAAGUCCCUACUUCCGAACCGUCUGGGAGGAGAGCCGAGGGAUGCCCAUCACGGAAGUUUAGGGAGAGAGAGGGAGGUACUCUGCCGCUUUGGAGGCUAGGUCAUAGGCAGCUGGCGGUGUCUCAGCGCGGGUGACCAAUCCUUGUGGUUGGGAAAUGUGUCGUGGGCGCCCGUGGGCUCGUUUUGCCUUUGAGAUUAGAUAGGAAAUUUUCCCAGGACGAGUUCACAGGAG